UCACGUGAGAUGUACUUCCUGAGUGAAUCAUAAUGGUGCAGGGUAGAGUGUCAAUUAGUAAAGUGUAGUCAAGAUUCGUCAAAUUUAUGAGUAGUCAUUUAUCGGUGUCACAUGAAUUUAAAAAAUGAUGAAUCAAAACGGUGCUUCAUUCUAUUCAGGCAAAGCUCAGUAAUUCUGCUGUACUUGGAACUAUUUUGUGAGAGUGUAACUCAGUACGUGUGAAGACGGUUUCUUUGGUUAGUGUUGUUAAAAAAGAAAUCUUUGAAUAUGGUGGACGUAGAAGUAUCGGAAAUCAGGGUGAAAACUGCAUAUAAUGGGGAAGUGAUGAUAACAUACAUCGAACCAGGAAUAUCCCUAGAUAGUCUUUGUAAAGAAAUUAAAGACACUUGCAAGUUUGAUGAAGAACAACCUUUCACCAUGAAAUGGGUAGAUGAGGAAGGUGAUCCUUGUACCAUUUCAUCACAAGCCGAGUUGGAAGAAGCUAUACGACUGUAUGAAUUAAACAAAGAUUCUGAAAUCACAAUUCAUGUUUUUCCCAAUGAACCACCUCUGCCGGGCAUGCCAUGCCCUGGAGAAGAUAAGAGUAUUUAUCGAAGAGGAGCUCGAAGAUGGCGAAAACUUUACAAAGUUAAUGGACACAUCUUUCAGGCAAAAAGAUUCAACAGGAGGGCUUUCUGUGCCUUUUGUGCUGACCGUAUUUGGGGUUUGGGACGUCAAGGCUUCAAGUGUAUCAACUGCAAACUGAUGGUCCACAAGAAAUGUCAUAAACUGUUUAAACUGACCUGUUCUGGGACAGUGGAUCAAUCUUUACAGAAUCACUUUGAGUCCCUGCCAACCACUCCGGCACCUUUGCGGCAGGAUGCUAAUGAAAUUGCAACAAAUGGACAAACCAUCAAUGGAACACCAUUAAACCGUACUGCUACACCUGCAAAAAAAUCCCGCCCACAUUCCAGAGACAUCCAUGAGAGUCUGAGCUCAGAUGAUAAUGCUGCUGGAACAUUAGGUUUUCAGCAAGAUGUUGAUCAAGGAUCAAAAGAGGGUGAAGUGUCUGGAUCAAGUCAGUAUUCACUAAAUGACUUUGACCUGUUGCGUGUUAUCGGACGAGGCUCAUAUGCUAAAGUCUUAAUGGUGGAACUCAAGAAGACAAAGCGAAUAUAUGCCAUGAAGGUGAUCAAAAAGGAACUGGUUACAGAUGAUGAAGAUAUCGACUGGGUGCAGACAGAAAAGCAUGUUUUUGAAACUGCCUCUAAUUAUCCAUUCUUAGUGGGUCUACAUUCUUGUUUUCAAACCCCUAGCAGGCUGUUUUUUGUUAUUGAGUUUGUUCGAGGAGGAGACCUCAUGUUCCACAUGCAGCGACAGCGAAGAUUACCUGAAGAACAUGCUCGAUUUUAUGCUGCAGAAAUUUGUUUAGCACUGAACUUCCUUCAUGAAAGAGGAAUUAUAUAUCGUGACCUGAAGCUUGACAAUGUUUUGUUGGACCAUGAAGGACACAUCAAGUUAACAGACUAUGGAAUGUGUAAGGAAGGAAUCAGAUCAGGAGACACUACAAAUACAUUCUGUGGAACACCCAACUACAUAGCUCCUGAAAUUCUAAGAGGAGAAGACUAUGAUUUCAGUGUAGACUGGUGGGCACUUGGAGUUUUGUUGUACGAGAUGUUAGCUGGAAGAUCACCUUUUGACAUAGUGGGUGCGGCAGAAAAUCCUGAUCAGAAUACUGAAGAUUUCUUGUUCCAAGUGAUCUUGGAAAAAACCAUCCGUAUUCCUCGUUCAAUUUCUGUUAAGGCGCAAUCAGUUCUAAAAGGUUUCCUGAAUAAGAAUCCAGCUGAGCGAUUGGGUUGUCAUCCUGAAUCAAGAUUUAUUGAUAUAACAUCACAUCCAUUUUUCAAGAGCAUUGACUGGGAGCUGCUGGAAGCCAAACAAGUCACUCCACCUUACAAACCAAAGCUAGAGACUGAUAGAGACUUGGAGCACUUCGAUCCUCAGUUUACGAGUGAACCUGUGCAGCUCACACCUGAUGAUACGUAAGUUUACAUUG